AUGAGCCCGGCCUGGUCCUCCUCGCGCACGAUCUCCAAGUCAUCCGCGUCCUCUCCAUGGCCCGAUAUUGAACUCGAGAAACACGCCAUGAGCCGCCAAAUGUCGCGAACGCCCGACUACGACGACAGCGCCGAGGAGCUGCCCCCGCCCGUCAUCGCAAAGUCCGCAAAGUCCUCCAAGUCCGUCACGGGGUCCACGUCCACCAAGCAGAAGAAGAGCGCGAGGAUCGAGGGGGUGCCUGGGGGACUGCGCGUGCACUGGGCGCGGCUGAGGCGGCGGCUGGGCACGGGGACGAGUCCGAGCACGAGCGACAGUCUGCUGGACGAGAGCGCGGGAGGGGACAGCAGCACGACGAGGCACAACCUCGUGGGAACGUACGAGGACGGGGACGAGGUGAACGAGGUCGUCGUCGACCGCGUAUGGUCAGAGGAACUCCACUCCGUAAGCGUCAGCGAGCAGGACGGCUCGCCCAAGAAAUCAGACAGCCACGCCGUCGGCGGCACCAACACCGACCACGAGAGCCUCGCCAUCCAUGCCGACGGCUUCUGGGCCCUCUGCACGCCCCUCAUCAUCCUCCGCUGGCGCGUGUGGCCCUACGUCCUCGACUUUUUCUCUCUCCGCUUCUUCGACGAGAAGGCCGAGGCGCACUACAUCAAGGAGAACUGGUUCAUGCGCAAGGCACUCGCGCUCUGGGCGGCCGUCUUCCUCAUCAUCAACUGGGUGCUCUCGACUAUAUUCGUACCAGGCCCGCGCGUGCUCGCCGACGAGAUAUUCUUCUACGGCGUCGCCCCGGCUCUGACGUUCCCCGUCCUUCUCAUGAUCAUGUGGGACUUCCCGCGCGACAGGCCGACGCUGUACCAGGUCUACCUGAACAUCUCCAUCUGGGCAUGGCCGCUAUAUCAAGUCCUGUUCAUCUUCCUCUGCGGCUUUUACACACACCCGGGCUCGAAGAAGGGGUGGCUGUUCUCGUGCGGCAAUAGGGACUUCCUCGCGACGUUCUACUACGCCGUCGGCAUGCCCACUAUCGGACUGUUUGGGCUUCGCCUCAAGCGCUUCCCUGCAUUCGUGGGGACGUGUAUCUGGGCGGGCUUUGUCAUUGGGACUGUGCUACCUUUCCGCACGGGCUGGACACGCAACCUCCUGAACUUCAUCGUCUUCCAGUUCUUCCUCAUCUAUCUGCACUAUAUGCUCGAAACGGGCGAACGCAGACUAUACACCCUCCGCGACCAGCUCAAGAUCCAGUUCCGCGCAACGCAAAAGGCGCAGGUCAACGAGCGCAAGGCGGGCGAUUCGAAGCGGCGCCUCACGUCUUACGUGUUCCACGAAGUCCGCGUACCGCUCAACACAGCCCUCCUGGCGCUACAGAACAUCCAAGCCGCAAAUGCCGUAGCGCCCGAACAGGAGAUCGAGUUCAAGGCGUUGGAGGGUAGCCUGAGUAUGAUGUCCAAGGUCCUCAACGACGUGCUCGACUUCAACCGUAUGGACAGCGGACGGUUCGAGAGCGUCAGCAGGCCGUAUACGUUCCAUCAAGUCAUGCGAGGCCUGUUCGUGCCGCUACGGCUGGCUGCAGAUGCGAGAGGACUGGACUUUGUCACGGAUCUCGACGUCCGGAUCGACAGGGUUGCGCGCUUCGCCGCGCUCACGGCCAAAGGCCUCAAACACGAGGACGUGCUGCGCGAGCUCGAGGCGUCGCCCGACGCCGACGGCAUCCUCGUCGGCGACGAGACGCGCCUGAUGCAGAUCGUGACGAAUCUCGCGUCCAACGCGUGCAAGUUCACGCCUCCGGGCGGGCAGCUGCGCGUGGCUACUAAGCUCGUCGUCCCGUCUAAUGUGUGGACGCCGAGAACGGAGAGCGAGAAGAGGGAGUGUGGGAAUGGGGUGUUGGGCGUGGAUAGUAGUGCGAACGCGGGUGGGGAGGGGGAGAUGGGCGAGAAGGGCGAGAGGGUGGGAGGGGAGGAGAGGAGGGGCGAGGGGGAGCUGAGCGCGACGAGCUUGAGCAUGCAUAAUCUUAGGCAUUCGAAGCCGCCGGAGGUUGUGGUUGUUAGGAUCGAGGUGCAGGAUACGGGCUUUGGGAUUCCGCCCAAGGAGAUGGAGCAGAGCAAGCUUUUCUCCGCGUUCAAUCAGACUGAACAAGGCAAACAACAAGGCGGUAAAGGCACCGGUCUCGGUCUCGCACUCGUCCGACAGAUCGUCAAACGCUCAGGCGGUCGACUAGGCGUCAUCUCAAAGGUCGGCCGCGGAUCCACGUUCUGGGUCGAGCUUCCUCUCGGCGUAGGCGCCAAAGCACUCGCACAGCCCAACGCGCACGAGCUCGCGAACCGUGGGGACGUCUCAAAGAGCGUCGCCGAAGACCUCAUGUCGCGGCAGAUGAACGACGCGGGCGCUAUGCGUCGCGCGAAUGGACCAUCGAAGUUCGGAAACGGGAUCGGCACGGACAAGAGCGGGGCGACUAAGAAAGCGCGGCCGAGCAGCGUGAUGCACAACAUCAUGGACCAAGGCGGCCUCGUCGAGAUCGCCGCCAAAUCCGAGGACAGCGGGAACGGGAGCAUCAUCACGCGGACAAUGGCCGACACCUUGUUACCGUCCACAGCACAUCUCGAGGACACGCUGUCCAUGCCGAAGAGCAACACGCCCACUUCUAUCCCGGAGCAUUCGGCGUCGGACGGGUCGACGCCGGGCAGCGAGGAGGCGCCCAGUUUGGCGCCCAGCGGUGCAAGCGCCGCACCGGGGCGCAUUGAGCUGCCGCCGCCUUUGUUCGAUCCGCUUGUGGCGCGGCCGUUGGGGAGCGGUACGAGUAGCUAUGGAAGCGCGAGUACGGCUGUGAAUACGCCUGCGUCGACGAGCCUUGCUACGCCCCCGCCGAACUUGAGGAAGAUAUCGGAGCCGAUACCGGAAACGGAGACGGAUGGGCAGCGGCCGCCCGCGCAGCCUGCACCGGCUAUCGCGUCUGCGCCCGCACCUUCGAAGCCGGCGAAGGUCAAGGAUAAGGACGAUAUGUCUAUUCCGCCCGGGCUGGACGUGUUGGUCGUGGACGACGACCCGCUCACGCGCAUGCUCAUGACGCGGCUCCUCACGCGUCUGGGGUGCAAAGUCGCAACAGCGGAGAACGGCGAGCUCGCGCUCGAGAUGAUACUCGGUCCAUUGGCGCGUCCGUCACCCGCGAGCGAACAGCCCAGCAUCAAGUUCGCAGACGAAGCCACGGGCGCGCGAUCCGAGAACUCCCACACAACGCCCGCUCAAAGCCAGCGUCCGCCCUCCCUAAUCCAACAACACCGCCAAGCGCAAUCCCAAACACCCUCCAAAUACGCCAUCGUCUUCCUCGACAACCAGAUGCCCGUGCUCAGCGGAAUCUCCGCCGUGGCGCGGCUGCGAGAGCUCGGGCGGAACGAUUUCGUUGUGGGUGUGACGGGAAACGCGCUGUUGAGCGAUCAGGAGGAGUAUUUGGAGGCGGGGGUCGAUCAUGUGCUUACGAAGCCGGUGCUGGAGAGGAGCUUGAAGGGGAUGUUGGUGUUGGCUGCUGAGAGGAGGAUGGAUGGGGAGGGGAGGGAUAGGAGUAAUGGCGAGUUGCCUGGGCCGGAUCCGCCGCCUAGCGCUUAG